AUGGACAGAGAAUGGGAAAAGGAAGCAAAGAAAUUAUUAAAACCAUCUCCACUACCAAAAACCGAAAUAUCACCAUCACCACCAACAAUCACACCGACACCAAUAACGAAAACGCCACCACUGGCCACUCAAACAACCAAACCACCACCAUCUACACCAAAACCCUCAUGCCCUCCAAAACAAGACCUCACCCUUGCCCUUAUUGUCGUCGUCUUCACUUUCAUAUUUUGCCACACUCCCUCCUUUAUUGAUAACAUCCUAUGGACGAUUUUUGACAAAAACCAAAAGAAAUGCGGGCAGUGGCUAUUCUACUACACAGCAGUGGCGGAUCUGUUAGUCAUGUUGAAUUCGUCAGCCAAUUUCAUUAUAUACCUUUUGACCAGUCCUAAAUUUAGACUUGAUCUCAUCCAGUAUCUACCAAUCAGAAGAGGUAGAAGAAAAUGUGGGCGUGAAUUUAGCAGAGCACAGCCAAUGAGAGGCGGGGAAGGCAGAUUACCGGAAUUUGUUUGA